CACCUGACCUGACCAAUCGUCCUCUGCAUCGUCACUUUCGGAUUCUCCUUCCUACUAUUUUCAUACAGAACGCAAGGAAGAGCGACGCUUCGCUUAGCGGAAGAAGGGAGGGAGCCGAGGGACGCUCUGCCUGCUUUCUUCUCUAUGGCGCUGCUUAGGGUUGGCUGAUGGCGACGGAGGCGACGGUGGCGGCAUGGACCGGGGCGGCGGCAGGGCUUCCGGUGGCUCACCCACCGGGGGUCCUGCAAAAGAUCUUCAGCCUGAGCUUGGUGGCGCCGGAGGGCAAUGCCACGUGCUCCGUCGCCUUCUGCCAGUUCCCAGAGAUGUGGUAUGGCGUCUUCCUCUGGGCUCUGGUGUCAUCCCUCCUUUUCCACAUCCCCGCAGGAUUGCUGGCCCUCUACACCCUUCGGCGGCACAGAUAUGGCAAGUUCAUGUCAGUGACCAUCCUGCUGAUGGGCAUCGUGGGACCGAUAACUGCUGGCAUGUUAACUAGUGCUGCAAUUGCUGGCGUUUACAGAGCUGCUGGGAAGGAGAUGGUCCCCUUCAUGGCCCUGACAUUAGGUGUGGGGCAGUCCUGCUGCGUGGUGAUAAUUUCCUUCUCGCGGAUUUUAGCCACACUUUAGCAGUGCCUUGGAAAUGGAGACGGAUGUGGACUGAGCACUGUCAAGCAAGGAUGCUGUUUGCUGAAGAAGUUGGAAGGCACCGUCUGCAAGGAAGCACUCCUGCUGAAGCCGUCGGGAGUUGUACAUAGGCUAUGCUGCAUGCUCUGGCAUGGCUGCCCUUUGUUUUGCUGAAGUGUGUGCCGGAGAAUUUCACUGUGGGUCUGCACCUUGUAUUUGAGUGGGCCUCUUUUAUUGCUGAUCAAGCAAAACCCUCCAUCACUGCAAAAGACUCUGUUUUAUGGACCCACUUUGGGAGAUCCAAAUGACAUUUUAAGGCCAUUGAUGUGGUUCUGUCCUCUGGCCAGUCAGUGUGGUGGAGUGACUGUGUGUGCAUGAAUGGGUGACAAGGAGGAAAUGUUUUUAAAUCUUUCUGCAGCAGAAAGAUGGGCUGGAAACUUUCACAUCUGGCUCUGCUGUAAAACAAGCUUUCAGCCUGUUGUCUAAAACUGGCUGAAAUGGAUGCUGGUUGUAUGUUUUUAUCAAUUGCACUGUUUUUGUAACCUUAAGUGCCAAGCCGGGGGGUGGGGGUGGGGAUCGCCUUUGUGGGGUGUGUUAUCUGUGUGCAUUCAAUGAACAAAUGUGAAGACGAGAUUGUCUUAUAGUAACUAAAAGUACCCUAGGCUGCUUGCUUCUGGGAAACUUUACUACUGAACCGGAUUGAUGUAAGGGAGAUGCACUUUAAUGAACUCAUGCCCCUUAUGGGGAGAAAUGUGAAUUGAAAGUUCUGUGGGACACAUCAAACUUCUUUUGGCCAGGAAUGCUUCGGAUUCCAGCUACUGUCUUAAUGCAAGAUUCUCUGUUGCUACCUCAAAAAUGUGCAGCAGAUUUAAAAGCGCUAUUCUGCUGAAACGCGCAGGAAGGCUCUUCAUUUCUUGUUUGCAAGGUGAACAGCAGAAGGACAAAAUCCAUUAAAUGCUAUGGAAACUGGUUCCCAAACCCCAGCACACCCGCUGUCGUUAAGCUGUGAAAUAUUUUUAGCACUUGUUUUAUGCAAGCAGUGUUGUGAUAAGCUGUCAUCUUACUCUCGUUUGUGUAAAAGUGUAUUGGCUUGAAUUUUAAGACGUUUGUACAUGUUUGCUGUUUUGCUGUGCAGCUGGCAGUUGUAUCUGCAAACUGGGCCUCACCCUGGGGGACCGUCGAUGAAUUCUGGAUCCUUCAAGUGCCUGGGCGACUUGCCUCUUUGGCGACCAGUCUUAGGAACCUAACCAAUCUGCCGUACAUCCUAGUCUGUUGUACAACCUAACCAAUCCGUUGUACAAGAUCAUUUGAUUGUUAUCUGAGAAUUCAGAACUGCUUCCUCUAAAGUUCUGGUGCGAGGAAGAAUCUGAGGGGCCAUGAAUCCUACCUGGGUCCAGUAUGUCUUUUCAAGCUCUGUGCUGAUUCAUUGUAAAGGAGGCUGUUCACAGGCCAAUUGGGGAUGUAUGUGAUAUCAGCCUCAUAUGGUCUUGGAACAUGUGUGUGGAGUUCCUUGGACAGAAGUGCCUCUCUGUGUCAAUCUGUACAUCCUUGCAGGGUAGUUUUGCAGUGGGGUGCUAUAAAGUCCCCAUCUCCAAUACGUCCUGAUGUGAAGCUUCCAUGAAUAUGUUCCGCAAACUUUUUUUUUAAAAUCAACUUUCCCCUUUCUUGUAUUUAUCUCUUUAUUAUAGUCUUCAUUGCCUGCUUUCCCAGUCCAGCUGCCCUUGAGGCUCCAGGGGCAAACUGAUCUUGUUUUCCCUCUGUGUAGAGGUUUUAGACUUUGUAAAUUGUGUAGUGUGAAACUACACAAUAGCUGGCAGCAGGAUAGGUGGUUAAGGAGGGCUGCCUUUUCCUAUCGCGUCUCUGUAACAAAUCAAGAUUAGUCAAUGAGGCUCUCUGAUCAUUGUGUGUCUUAAAGCAGGCUGAGCACUUUAUAGCUACUGUGGGUGGCUCCUCCUUUCUCUGGAUCUGAAAGGUAUCACUGUUUUGUUCUUAUCUGAUUUAUCUCCUUUCUGCUUGUCUCAGCUCCUUCAGUUUGAGUCUGUUUGUUUUGUAACUCAUUGUUGAUCCCCUAGUUGAAAACAUUUCCCCGCUCUUUUCUGCCUGCCAAGAUCAAAUCUGUAUUGCUUUGCUCCAAAAAGUUUGGAUUGCAACCUUAGAGGACAUAAGAGACUUUCCCUGUCAUCAAAGGCCAUAACUGGUAUCUUAUCUAGCAGAAUAAUAGUGUCCGUAAGCCUAUAAUGGCCAGGAAACUGUGGAAGGGGAGUGUUGAAACUCCGCAGUUUCUUUGUUUUCUCCGCUCUUCUCAUCCUGAUAGUAGGAUGGGCUGCAUCCUUACUUAAAUGCCUAUGAGAUGUUGGCACUUACUAGAGGCUUUGGGAUAAGCUUCUUGAACUGUGAUGAAAUGUUAAAUUCCUCAAGGGAUAACCGAAGAGAACAGCAUGUGUCAAAAGUUAUGAUCUUUGUCUGUUUUAAAGAAUGUCCUCCCAAGAUCUACCACUGUUGGUCCUCCUUGUCUAUGCUGGAGAAAGCUUUUCUGAGCCAUACUGUGGCUACAGCUGAAACAUUGUCCUUUGCUAACCGCCGUGACGUGUGAACAAAUCUUUCUACCAGAGGAAGAACAGUACUGCUAAUAUUUUUAUUUUUCUACUGACAUUUCUGAUGUUAUGUUUGAUAUAUUUUACUAAUAAAAUCCCCACUGAUCCCUGUGA